AAACCGAAAUCAAGUGAGGUGCAUCGCUGAAAACAAUGUAACUGCGUUGGGGAACAGUUUCAUCAGAUAUUUUACAGCUAGGUUGUAAAGUGUUAAAGUCGGUGUUCUGGCUAGACCAUCGUUGCGGGAUCAGAUCGGAAAAAACCGCCCGCACCAUUCAAUAAAAAAUGGCAGAGGAGGAACGCACCAGAAUACAGGUUUUCCGGCCUACCUGGGAAGAGUUUAAAAAUUUCUCAAAAUACAUCGAGCACAUCGAAUCGCAAGGCGCACACCGCGCCGGCCUAGCCAAGAUAAUACCGCCACCAGAAUGGAUCCCGCGGAAAAAAGGUUACGACUUGGAGGGAAUUGACUUGACCAUCCCGGCACCCAUUUGCCAGGUUGUGGCCGGCAAACUGGGGCUCUACCAGCAGAUCAACAUACAGAAGAACCCGCUCACGGUCUCACAGUUCGCGGAGCUGGCUAACACCGAGCGUUACACCACACCAAAGCACUUUGAUUUCGAAGACUUGGAGCGAAAGUACUGGAAAAACAUAACCUAUGUCGCCCCGAUCUAUGGUGCAGAUGUUUGCGGAAGUAUUACGGAUACAGAUUGUGAUGUUUGGAACAUUAAUCGGCUGGGAACGAUUUUGGACUAUGUCAACGCGGAUUACGGUAUAUCGAUCGAGGGUGUGAACACGGCGUACCUUUACUUCGGCAUGUGGAAAACCACAUUCGCCUGGCACACCGAAGACAUGGAUCUGUACUCGAUCAACUACCUGCACUUCGGGGCACCGAAAACGUGGUACGCCGUGCCGCCGGAGCAUGGCACGAAGCUGGAAAAGCUGGCCAAAAGUAUGUUUCCUGCCAGCGACAAAGGAUGUUCGGCCUUUCUGCGCCACAAGAUGACCCUCAUCAGCCCGCAGAUUCUCAAGCAACACAACAUUCCAUUCGACAAGAUUACGCAGGAGAAAAAUGAAAUCAUGAUCACGUUCCCGUUCGGGUACCAUGCCGGGUUCAACCAUGGGUUCAACUGUGCCGAGUCGACCAACUUCGCGAUGCCACGGUGGGUCGAGUACGGCAAACGGGCCUCGCAGUGCUACUGUCGCUCGGAUAUGGUGAAAAUUUCGAUGGACACGUUCGUGAAGCGCUUCCAACCGGAAAACUACGACGCGUGGAUGAACGGUACGGACUUUGGGCCACACCCGGAGGACCCUACACACGUGGUGGGCCCCCCGCCGCGGUACGUUGAGGAAGACGAGGGGAUCGAGUCGUUCUCGGAAGAAAGCGAUCUGACGCCGAUGAAGCGGGCAUGCAACGCGGUUGUCUGCAUUCCGAAGCUGUCGUUCAAAGAGAAAAAUCCCGAUCUCGAUCUGAACGACAUCCAGAACAACCCGCACCUGUCGGACGAGAUCAAGCAGUCCCUGUUCAUAACCGGUGACGAGUACGAUUCCGAGACCGAAGAGCACAAACCGGAGACGCUAACGGUGGAGACGACAACGUUUAAAAGCUCUUCGUACGAUCCAUUCGACGACGACGAAGAUGAUGAAGACGAUCGGGGCAGUUCGUCGAAGAAAGGUAACAAGAACCGAAGGAGGAAAGUGUCGAGCGACUACGAUGACGAUUGGUACGAGACCACCAGGAGUCGGUCAAAGUCCCGCCGCAAAAGUGGUAGCAGAAGGGGGAAGCAACCGUUGGACGAAUCAGGAGGCAUUGCGAACGAUGUUGCCCGAAAGGCCGAGAUGGAAGCCAAAAAGAAGGAACGCGAUCUGGCCAAAGAGGUCCGACAACAGCAGAUGUUGGAAAAGAAGCGACUGAGGGAAGAGGAGCAACAGCGAAAGCGCCUCGUCCAGGAGCGAUUGAAGCGUGAGGCGAUCGAGCGGAACAAACUGCAUUCGCGGCCGAGUUUACUGUGGAAUCAGGACCUCUCCGGGGGUAGUGAUCCGUUAGGAAUUUUUAUCAACGUACGAAAUUAUGAAGCAAAACCACGGGUACACAAUAACCAUCCAUCAGCCGGUACCGGUACCAUGCCAUCUUCGUCAUCGGCCACCGCGGCCAAUGUGAUCAACAUACCACGACCCGUACCGUCGAUUUCGGCCAAUGUGAUAAACAUACCCCGACCAUCACCGUCGACUAGUUCCUGUGGAAGUUUCCGUUCCAAUUUCUAUAUGCCACCGGUGGUGAAGGUAUCGUCUGCCAACGCUCAUCCCCGAUGCGUGUCAAGCAACCCCAAUUCAUUCACACGCCCUACGUUGAUCCCAAUUAGCAGUGGUUCGGUUAGAACCGUUUACAGUGCACCGGUCGUCCGAAUUAAUCCCACCCUUGGCGCCAACGGAACCUCUUCUACUUACUACAAACCGACGAAUCAUGGCGUCGUGAACGGCACCGUUGGUGGAAACUAUUCCGUGGCUCACGGGAGCAAAGCAGUGCCACCACCGCUUACCUACCUACUUCCACCGGCACGAAAACCGUCACCGGAACUGUUCGAAAAACGCAAUUUCUUUACCGAAUUUCAUAACUUCAUCGAACAACAGAACUCAGAAACCGUUGAGAAUGGUCCCAGUAAAAAGCCCUUAGACGUCAGAAUUCCGCCAGUAAAGCAAGUGCCGUCAUCGAUCAGUAAUGAGGGUCUAUCGUUGCUCCGGCCAGUGCUUAAAACUUACUGUAAACCUAAGGUACCGCCUACGGCCAGCGUCACCCAGACAAAGCAAACGGUGCCCGAUGGUUCGCUGUUUCCCGAAACCAUUGCCCGUGGCGUGUCAAACGGUGUGCCAUCAUCUCCGGACCGUACGUCGGUACCACGGUUAGUGCCCUUGCAACAAACAUCCCAACUGGUGGCUCGGUUACUGGCACCACACCAAACGGUCAAUGAAAUCCCCGUAGUAUCACAGUAUUUGAUCAGUUCAUGCCAGUCACACGGUGCCACAAAGUCCGUAGAUACUCGACCACAGUACAGUAGCGUGGUCCGAACCGUCGCCGAACCGAGUGCCGUGGAAGACAUUCGACCCCAGUACAGUAACGUUAUCCGAAGCAUCAACGAACAGAGCGCGGUGGAUGAUACUCGAAAACAGUAUAAUGGCGUUGUCCAAAUCGUCGACGAACCAAGUACGAUCUUCUCAACGAUUUUGAGCGCCUUCGAGUGGCCAUCAACGAUUGACCCAACUUCCUCUAGCUAAUCGCCU